ACUAAAAUGUGUCGCACCCACGAUAAAUGUAUUGUAAGUCUUCCAAAGCAAUCCCUUACAGUGUUUUACUCAAAUAAAGUGAUGUGAUAGUCUUUUGUGAGUGCUGCCCCUUGUUUUGUCACUAAUUUCAUUUAUUCCCAUAUUUUCARUUCACUAAAUUCUUUAUAACUCUUGAUACUAAUCMUGUGGGGCCAUAUAGUCAAUAGAGACAUUAGAGUUGAGUAUUAUUGGAGAAGAGCUCUCUGAAAAUGUCACUUAAGCAGAGCAUUUAGUAUAGUGCAAUAUUUCUUAUUGUUGAUUUCAUUUUCUGUUUUUAAUUUACUAGCUGAGGGUGGAUAUAUAGAUAAUUAUUAGUAUUUAUUAUUAUUUUCAACUGCUGCAACUUUGCAUAUAAAAGUAUUAAACUUUGGUCGAUGACUUAUUUUUCUUUUGAAUUAUAAUUCAGACUGUUUUGGAUAUCCAGAAAACCUCAUCCAAUAAUUCUCUAUUUAAUUGACAGUGUAAGUAUUACUGCAGGUUAUAAUCUCUUGAAUCAAAUAGAAACUAAUUCUUGUCCAUUUCCAGAUCAUGAUGUCAGUCAAUUUUCCUAUUCCUAUCAUUUUGUUCACUAUACAAGUUCAAUUGAUAGUUCAAGCAUAUGGAAUGUAAAAAAUGGAAUGUUAUAGUGCUUAGAAGGAGGUUAUUUCGGCAGGCCCUUAUUCCCAUACAACACGGCCGCUCAUGUUGUAAACUAUACUUAUGCAUGGGCUGGAAUACAUGAUACAAAUUGGACAUUUUUUUGGUCCAUUUCUUAUCAUGCCAGUCAAUUUCCCAUUUCUUCUYGUUUCUUUCACUAUACAAGUUGAAGUGUUAGUUCUCUGUGCUAAGAGCCUAGAAAAUGUUUUGCCAUGAUAAAUGCGUUGGAGUUGGCCAGCUCAUAUACGUGAUCGAAUUGGACAAUAAUCUUGUACAUUUCUAAUUAUCAUGCUAGUCAAUUUGCUUUUCCUUUUCAUUUUAAUUAGAUCAUACACUAAAAUAUAGUCACCGCAUGUCUUUUCAGAAUGUAUAAAUGUCGAUUGUACCAAAUAUGGACAACGUUUUGUCCUAGGCCACGCCCUCGGCUUGUGAAUGCAAAAAAGCAAGUGACGACGACAUCAAGAAAUAGAAUACUUGCUGCAGUAAAAAUGACAUUUUUUGAAAGCCUUUGAAAAAUAUACUGAGCUUCAUGAAUUUGGUCAUCCUGACUGUUUUCUUUCAGGAGUUACAGAAAAUUCAGUCAAUUUGAAAGAAUGGGAAUAAGUAAAAUAAUGAAGGGCAACCAGCACAGUUUCACUCAAAACUUUCCUUUAUUUUAGAAAUGGACUUUUCAAGAUUUUUAAAUCUUAAAAGUUGUUAUUGAGAUAUCAAAGCUACAAGAGAUGAACAUGUUAACGUUAUUUUUUUAAAUGUAUCAUAUUCAUUGUAAGACUUAAAUAUGCACUGGAAUUGGCAUCUUAUCUAUAUUAAUCCAUUAUUUCUCGUUAUGAUUCUUCAAGAUAUCAUUUAAUUAUCACUAACUUUUGAUGCUAUCAAUGGGCAUUUCUCUUUGGAAUGCAAUACUUUAUGGAAUUUGUUAUGUCGUUAUGUAUUCUUGGGUUGCACGUGACGUCACCAGGGUUAUGCAAAUUAACGAUCCGCCAUGUUGGAUGAUAACCACAUCCAAGAUGGCGGCCGCACGGUGAGGAAGUUGUCGUCGUUCAUCUUUGUAAAACUUGUCAGCAAUACAUGAUAUUAAUUCGAAAAUGGGUGUUUUAUGUGCCGUUUAUGGCUGUGGAAACAACAACGCACGGGACAAAGACAAAAAAUUCUACAGAAUCCCAAAAAUUAUAAAAAACAACGAUCCAAGCAAGAGAGAUGAGAAGCUAUCGACUGCUCGGCGAAAGCAAUGGUUUCUCAACAUUUCACGUGCCGAUCUUGACGAAGAAAAGGCUGAACACACUAGAGUUUGCAGUGACCAUUUUAUUUCUGGGCAACCAGCGAAACUUUACGAUCAAAGUAGUCCUGACUGGGCUCCCACACAACGCAUGGGUCACAACAAAAUAAAACUGCAAACUACUUUGCAGAUAUCAAGAAGUGAAAGAUCACAAGAAAGAGCUGCGAAAAAGGCAAAACUCGAGGCAGCCAAAAUGUUACAAGAAGUUGAAAAAUCUGUGCAAGCAUCACUUGACAAUCAGAGUUCUCAGAACUAUGAAGUUGGAUGCCAAACUGAUCCUACUUUGGGGAAAGCAGAUGUUGAAUGCCAGACUGAUUUCACUGUUUUGAGAUUGAAUGAAAUGGAGGACUGCAUAGAAAGCAUGACUUGUGAAUUGKCAGAGCUCAAGAAAAAGCUAAUGGAAGCUGACUUUAGAGAAGAAAGCUUUCAAAACAGUGACGAGAAAACUAAAUUCUWCACUGGAAUUCCUAAUUUCCUAAUUUUUCAACAUGUUUUGACUUUAUGCUGUCCCUACAUAUAUUCUGGAGCAACAAACUMUCUAACAAAGUUUCAAGAGCUGCUGCUUACUCUUAUGAGAGUCAGACUGAAUUUGUCUUUGCAAGACAUUGCCUACAGAUUUAAUAUCUCACAAUCCACUGCAUCUAGAAUUUUUGACAAGUGGAUAGAUGUUAUGGAUGUCAGAUUAGCAUUUUUAAUUGUAUGGCCAAGCAGGGAAGAAUUGAUUGAGACUAUGCCUGCUUGCUUCAAGCAGAACUAUGGCAGCCGUGUUGCAGUAAUAAUUGAUUGCUUUGAGGUUUUCAUCAACAGACCGYCAAGUCUUAUUGCACGAGCAAUCACAUGGUCUAAUUACAAGCAUCAUAACACAGUCAAAUUCCUCAUAGGGAUAACCCCACAAGGAGUGAUAUCCUUUAUUUCUCAAGCUUGGGGUGGCAGGGCCAGUGACAAGCAUGUCACAGACAAUUGUGGAAUUUUAGAGAACCUUAUUCCUGGAGACCUUGUUCUUGCUGAUAGGGGCUUUGAUAUUGCAGAAAGUGUGGGACUGUAUCAAGCCUCAUUAAAAAUCCCAGCGUUUACACGAGGAAAAAAGCAGUUGUCCGCUCAAGAAAUAGAAGACACAAGAAAAAUCGCAAAUGUACGAAUCCAUGUUGAACGAGUAAUUGGUCUGGUCCGCAGAAAAUAUGUGAUUCUACAAAGUAUACUGCCUGUAGAGUUAGUAACUGUGAAGUCUGGUCAAUUGAAAGCACCAAUUGAUAAAAUUGCUAGAGUUUGCUGUGCACUCACAAAUUUAUCUGAAUCAGUUGUACCAUUUAAUUAGCUUUUGAAUUGUUUUUAAUGAGAUAUAAAGCUAGCAUUGAUAAUGAUAAUGUUGAAAGGGUUUUAUAUCACCUCACAUCACUUUAUUUGAUAGGUUAAUGUUUGCAAUGAUUUCAUAUUGAUUAAAAACAAGACAAGUUCAUAUUAAUAUAAGAAAUACAUAAUAUUAAUCAGCUAUUUACAUUUAUCAGUGUAUUUACAUGGCCAGUCUUAUUCUAUUUUAGUGUAAAAAAGUAAAUCAUAAAAAUAAAUUAGCACAAUGUUA